AAACAGGGAUGUGAACAGGGAGGUGAGCAGUACUCCUACCUCGUGCUGGCACCCAGUGGCAUCAGCCCAAAAGCAAGUGAUGGUUGUGUCACCCAGGAAUGGAAGAGGAAGGUGGUUGAGGCCACAGGUCUGAGUCAGUGUCGGGCUCCGGGAGAGCAGACACCGAGGGUGCCCCGCGGGAGCAGGAGCGUUCCCCAGAGACGAUGCACGGGAGGAGUGAACGCCCCGGGAACAACGAGUCGGGGAGGAACCUGAUUGCGGGUGAAGAGAGAGAGAUGGGCGGGGGCGGGAACAGCUUCAUCGCGGGAGUCCUCGUCCAGGCCCAGAACAAGAAGCUGAGCGUCUACGAUGCCAUGGUGAGGGGGCUCCUGACCCCGGGCACGGCGCUGGUGCUGCUGGAGGCACAGGCUGCCUCGGGGCUGCUCACGGACCCCGUGAGCAACGAGCAGCUCUCGGUGAGAGCCGCGCUGGCCUCGGGGCUCAUCGGCCGGGACUUCUACGAGAAGCUGCUGUCGGCAGAGGGAGCCGUGACCGGGUACGCGGAGCCCUGCACGGGGCGCAGGAUCUCGCUCUUCCAGGCCAUGCAGCAGGAGCUCAUCGUCCGGGAACACGCCGUCCGCCUGCUCGGGGCCCAGGUGGCCACCGGCGGCAUCAUCGACCCCGAGCGCGGCCACCGCGUCCCCGUGGAGGUGGCCUGCGAGCGCGGCUACCUGGACCAGGAGACGGGACGGUUCCUCUGCAACCCCGAGAAUCAAACCAGGAGCUGCUUCGACCCCAACACCCACGAGAACCUGACCUACGUGCAGCUGCUGCGCCGCUGCGUCCCCGACCCCGACACGGGGCUGCUCCUGCUGCAGCUGAUGGACAAGGACUCCGUGCUCCACCAGCUCCCCGAGGACGCCCGCAGAGCCCUGCAGGCCGCCCGCACCACCCUCGGCGUGGGGCUCUUCCAGGGCCAGAGCGUCACCCUCUGGGAGCUCCUCUUCUCCCGCUACGUCCCCGAGCUGCAGAGGGAGGAGCUGCUGAGGAGGUACCGGGCGGGCGCGGUGACCAUCCCGCAGAUGGUGACCGUCCUCACCGCCACCGUCACCGGGGCAGAAACGGGAAAGGGGGGCCGGAGCUCCCCCGCAGCCAAACCCCGCAGCGAGGCGAGGGCGGCACCCCCAGCCCGGGACGUGCAAUCCCAGGAGCAGCAGCUGAGAAAGUCCUUGAAGUCUGCGACCGUCCAGGUCACUGCCGGGGAGUUCCGGGGCCAGAACGUGUCCCUGCUGGACCUGCUCUUUUCCAAACACGUCCCCCAGGGGAGGCGGCAGGAGCUGCUGGAGCUGUACAGGGCGGGGAUCCUGAGCACGGAGCAGGUGGCCACGGUGGUCACCACCAUCCUGGACAGAGCAGAGGCCGCGAACGCCGCGGCAAAGGCCAGGAAUCCACACAGGGCAGUGGCGAGGGCAGGGGACGAUGGGGAGGAUUGCUCAGCUCAGUACACACACCUGGAUGACGUCUUGAAGUCCACCACCGUCAGUGUGCCGGCUGGGAAGCUGCGGGGGAGGCAGGUCUCCCUGUGGGACCUGCUCUCCUCCGACUGCAUCACCGAGGAGAAGAGGCAGGAGCUGCUGGAGCUGUACCACGAGAGGUUGUUAACUCUGGAGCAGAUGGCAGCCGUUGUCACCACCCUCGUCAAGAAAAGAGAAUCUGCAGGCAGGAAAUUCCAAAUUAAAGUCAAGGGUUCUGACAAGGACACUGCGACAGGGGCGGGAGAGGAGGGUGACAAUUCCCCCAGAGAAGAACCGAGCGAAACAGCUUUGAAAGCCACGGUGGUCGACGUGGAGGUCGGGGAGUUUCAGGGCCACAAGGUCUCUGUGUGGGACCUGCUCUUCUCCGACUACAUCACCCAGGAGAAGAGGCAGGAGCUGCUGGAGCUGUACCGUGAGGGGACACUGGCCUUGGAGCAGUUAACGCUUGUUGUCACCACUCUCAUCAAGAAAAGAGAAUCUACAAGAAGGAAAUUCCAAAUUAAAGUCAAGGGUUCUGACAAGGACACUGCGACAGGGGUAGGAGAGGAGGGUGACAACCCCCCCAAGGAAGAACCGAGCGAAGCAGCUUUGAAAGCCACGGUGGUCGACGUGGAGGUUGGGGAGUUUCGGGGCCACAGGGUCUCCGUGUGGGACCUGCUCCACUGCCAGUAUGUCCCCGAGGAGAACAGGAAGGAGCUGCUGGAGCUGUUUGAGGCAGGGGAGCUGAGCCUGGAGCAGGUGAAGAGCGUUGUCACCACCAUCGUGACCAAGGCAGCGACAGCAGGGGCAGAGCAAACGUCACCCGUGGGUGGCCCUGAGGCAGAGCCCACGGGCACAGAGGCUGAGCCCACGGGCACAGAGGCAGAGCCCAAGGGCACAGAGGCUGAGCCCACCCCCCUGCACGGGGACAGGGCCUGGGAAGAGGCCCUGAAGGCCACCCCAGUCGAGGGGUCAGUGGGUGAGCUGCAGGGGAGGCAGGUCUCGCUGUGGGACCUGCUCUUCUCUGACUACAUCACCCAGGAGAAGAGGCAGGAGCUGCUGGAGCUGUACCGUGAGGGGACACUGGCCUUGGAGCAGUUAACACUUGUUGUCACCACUCUCAUCAAGAAAAGAGAAUCCACAGGCAGGAAAUUCCAAAUUAAAGUCAAGGGUUCUGACAAGGACACUGCGACAGGGGCGGGAGAGGAGGGUGACAAUUCCCCCAAGGAAGAACCGAGCGAAGCAGCUUUGAAAGCCACGGUGGUCGACGUGGAGGUCGGGGAGUUUCAGGGCCACAAGGUCUCUGUGUGGGACCUGCUCUUCUCCGACUACAUCCCCGAGGAGAAGAGGCAGGAGCUGCUGGAGCUGUACCGUGAGGGGACACUGGCCUUGGAGCAGUUAAUGCUUGUUGUCACCACUCUCAUCAAGAAAAGAGAAUCCACAGGCAGGAAACUCCAAAUUAAAGUCAAGGGUUCUGACAAGGACACUGUGACAGGGGCAGGACAGGAGGGUGACAAUUCCCCCAAAGAACCGAGCGAAGCAGCUUUGAGAGCCACGGUGGUUGACGUGGAGGUCGGGGAGUUUCGGGGCCACAAAGUCUCCGUGUGGGACCUGCUCCACUCCCAGUAUGUCCCCGAGGAGAACAGGAAGGAGCUGCUGGAGCUGUUCGAGGCAGGGGAGCUGAGCCUGGAGCAGGUGAAGAGCGUUGUCACCACCAUCGUGACCAAGGCAGCGACAGCAGGGGCAGAGCUCAGAUCACCCGUGGGUGGCCCUGAGGCAGAGCCCACGGGCACAGAGGCUGAGCCCACGGGCACAGAGGCAGAGCCCAAGGGCACAGAGGCUGAGCCCACCCCCCUGCACGGGGACAGGGCCUGGGAAGAGGCCCUGAAGGCCACCCCAGUCGAGGGGUCAGUGGGUGAGCUGCAGGGGAGGCAGGUCUCGCUGUGGGACCUGCUCUUCUCUGAGGACAUCCCCGAGGAGAAGAGGCAGGAGCUGCUGGAGCUGUGCCGUGAGGGGACACUGGCCUUGGAGCAGUUAAUGCUUGUUGUCACCACUCUCAUCAAGAAAAGAGAAUCUACAAGAAGGAAAUUCCAAAUUAAAGUCAAGGGUUCUGACAAGGACACUGCGACAGGGGCAGGAGAGGAGGGUGACAACCCCCCCAAGGAAGAACCGAGCGAAGCAGCUUUGAAAGCCACGGUGGUCGACGUGGAGGUCGGGGAGUUUCGGGGCCACAGGGUCUCCGUGUGGGACCUGCUCCACUGCCAGUACGUCCCCGAGGAGAACAGGAAGGAGCUGCUGGAGCUGUUUGAGGCAGGGGAGCUGAGCCUGGAGCAGGUGAAGAGCGUUGUCACCACCAUCGUGACCAAGGCAGCGACAGCAGGGGCAGAGCUCAGAUCACCCGUGGGUGGCCCUGAGGCAGAGCCCACGGGCACAGAGGCUGAGCCCACGGGCACAGAGGCUGAGUCCAAGGGCACAGAGGCUGAGCCCACCCCCCUGCACGGGGACAGGGCCUGGGAAGAGGCCCUGAAGGCCACCCCAGUCGAGGGGUCAGUGGGUGAGCUGCAGGGGAGGCAGGUCUCGCUGUGGGACCUGCUCUUCUCCGAGGACAUCCCCCAGGAGAAGAGGCAGGAGCUGCUGGAGCUGUGCCGUGAGGGGACACCCCCCCUCCAGGAGCUGCUCAGCACCAGCGGCAGCCCCGUGCCCCCCGGCCAGGGGAGGCACCUCGCGGCCCUGCCCCUCCAGACCGUGGAGCUGCUGCGCUCCGAGGGCUCCUACAUCACCCUGGGGCCGUGCCAGGAGCGCCGGGUGUCGGUGUGGGAGCUCCUCUCCUCCAAGCAGGUCUCCGAGUACCGGCGCGAGGCCCACCUCGACUCGUACGGCGCCGGGGGGCUGACGGUGAACAGGAUCACCAUCACCACCACCGUCACCACGGGCCCCCAGCGCCAGCAGGGCCCCCGGCGGCACCACUGACACCCACCCCCGGCACAGAGGGGGCUCAGCCCCCCGGGCACCCCUGGGACUGUGCCCCCCACGCCCCUCCGUGUGUCAGUGCUGUGACAAACCCGCGUGUGCAGCGGGU